AUGGCGGCGACAUCUCAGGCUCAGUUGUUCUGCCUCCCCACCGUUCAUCGCAGCCUACACAUCCAGCAACGGCGCUCGCUUCCAUACCUGUCCUUUCGCUCCUCCAAGUUAUCAGUUGCUAUGAGUCUGGAGAGGCAUGAAGCAGAGACUGCUGAUACUGAAACAAAAAAUACACUAAGUUAUGCAGCUGAUGAACCAAAAUUGAAUGUUGAAGAAAAGCAGGAGUCAUAUUCAAAAUUAGAAGAAAGUGGCCCAGAAAAAUUAGGGUUAGGAGAGGCAACACAGGAAGGUGCGGUUGAUCAGCAGAAAAAGACUGCAGUAAUUCAUGAUUUUUGUUUAGGAAUUCCAUUUGGUGGAUUUGUUUUAACAGGAGGCAUUAUUGGAUUCCUUUUUUCACGGAGUCCUGCAACACUGGCCAGUGGUGUGCUCGUUGGUGGUGCUUUACUAUUCCUCAGCACCCUUAGCUUGAAGGUCUGGAGGCAAGGAAAAUCUAGUUUACCAUUUAUUCUAGGACAAGCAGCAUUGUCAGGGAUCCUUAUCUGGAAGAACUUUCAGAGCUACUCAUUGGCAAAGAAAAUAUUUCCAACCGGCAUCAGUGCUAUUAUAAGUUCUGCAAUGCUCUGCUUUUAUUUAUACGUGCUUGUCUCUGGAGGAAACCCCCCACCUAAGAAAUUGAAGCCAUCUGCCAAUGUAGCCUGA